AGUCCUAGCACUGCUUCCACUCCCUCCCACUCGGGACCUACAAAAUCUUCAUCCGCUCAAAGACCAAUUCUAGGUUCCCUACGCUGCAACACCCACACAAAGAUCCCUACCACUGUGCACCGGGGAGGAGCUCAGAACGCAGGAUCAGCAACAUGGAGUUGAUUAAUGAUGUUUUGCGUCCACCACUGGUGCAUGUGAAGGGCAUCCCGCUCAUCAAAUAUUUUGCAGAGGCUCUUGGGCCACUGCAGAACUUCACACCCUGUCCUGAUGACUUGCUUAUCAGCACAUACCCAAAGUCUGGUACUACCUGGAUUAGUGAGAUCCUGGACAUGAUCUACCAGGAUGGCAAGCUAGAAAAUUGUCGUCGGGCCCCCAUCUAUGCCCGGGUGCCCUUCCUUGAGUUCAAAUGCCCAGGAGUUCCCUCAGGUCUUGAAUCUUUGGAAGAGACACCAUCCCCACGGCUCAUUAAGACACAUCUGCCCCUGGCCUUGCUUCCUCAGAGUUUUCUGGAUCAGAAGAUAAAGACGAUCUACAUUGCCCGAAAUGCAAAGGAUGUGGUCGUCUCCUAUUAUAACUUCUACAACAUGGCCAAGGUGCACCCUGAGCCAGGCACUUGGGACAGCUUCCUGGAGAACUUCAUGGAUGGGAAAGUGUCCUAUGGGUCCUGGUACCAGCAUGUGAAGGAGUGGUGGGAACUGACACGCACUCACCCUGUUCUCUAUCUCUUCUAUGAAGACAUGAAGGAGAACCCCAAAAGGGAGAUCAAGAAGAUCCUAGAGUUUUUGGGACGCUCUCUGCCUGAGGAGACUGUGGAUAUCAUUGUUAACCAUACAUCCUUCAAGAAGAUGAAGGAGAACCCCAUGGCUAACUACAGUACUCUCCCCUCUGAAGUCAUGGACCAUGAUGUUUCUCCCUUCAUGAGGAAAGGUAUCACUGGGGACUGGAAAAACACCUUCACUGUAGCUCAGAAUGAGCUCUUUGAUGCCCACUACACCAAGGUGAUGGCAGGCUGCAACCUCAAGUUCCGUUUCAAUCUGAAAUCUGAGCUCAGAGAAUGAACAGGUCUUGGGCAGUUCCUGAAUGAAGAGGAUUUUAUCAACAUGUAUCAGGAAGGAAUCGAUCCGUGCACUGAAAAGGAAUCCAGACAUGCAAGAACAGAAGACAUACAUUGUAUUUUACCUGAAAGAAUAAAUGUCACUGAGAGCUGA